AGCUGCAGAGGCUAGCUGCUGAUAGCAUGCUGCACACAGGUUGAUCUGCACACCAACACAACUAUGAGGCGUCUGAGGCUUCCUGUUGGACGUCACAAAUCAGGUUGACGGACAGCUCACGACAGGGUCAGCCUACAGGGAUGUCAAAGCCAGGCGCUGGGGGGAGGGGCAAAGGAGAACGACCAGACGUCAUGGCAACCCUUCAGGCAGCCAAUGAGGAGCUGAGAGCCAAACUGACGGAGAUUCAAAUCGAGCUUCAACAGGAGAAGAACAAGGUGAGCCGGCUGGAGAGGGAGAGGAGCCAGGAUUUGAAGGCGGAGCAUCACCGAGCUGCCGUCGCCAUGACGGAGCUGAGGACCAAACUCCACGAGGAGAAGCAGAAGGAGCUGGCCGUCACCAGGGAGACGUUGCUACGGCAACAUGAGAUGGAGCUGAUGAGGGUCAUCAAGAUCAAAGACGGAGAAAUCCAGAGACUGAACGGACUGGUCCUGAUGCUGAGGGAUGGGUCCAUGGACAAGGUGAGGACCGCCCUGAUGGCUGAGGUCGAGGAGGCCAGGAGGAGCUGGGAGGCAGAGCGUUGCCGCCUCCAGCAAGAGGUUCAGGAUCUGCGAGGAGCAAAGAAGAACGCAGAGGAGGCUCUAGCAUCAGCUCAGCAGGCCUGCCAGGCCCGAGCAGCCGAGCUCAGAUCAGCUCAUCACCAGCACCAGGAGGAGCUCAACAGGACCAAGAGAGACUGUGAAAGAGAGAUCCGCCGACUGAUGGAUGAGAUAAAACUGAAGGACAGAGCUGUCAGUGUUUUGGAUAAAGCCUUGGGGUUGCAGGCUGGACACGCCCAUCGCCUCCAGCUACAGACUCAGGCUGCUGAGCAACAAAUUGCAGCCAUGAGAGAUGCACAAAGGGCGGGGCUUAACCACCUUGUCUCUAACUCCACCCCUAACAAUGCUGCUCCCAUUUCUCAAGAGGACCGAGAUACUCGAAGGUUUCAGCUGAAGAUUGCUGAGCUUAGCGCAGUCAUUAGGAAACUGGAAGACCGCAAUGCUCUGCUGUCUGAAGAACGAAAUGAACUGCUGAAGCGUCUGAGAGAAACAGAGAGUCAGUUUCUUCCUCUUUUGGACAAAAACAAACGUCUGAGCAGAAAAAAUGAAGAGCUGGCUCUUGCCCUGCGGCGCCUUGAUAACAAACUUCGCUUUGUUACCCAGGAGAACAUGGAGAUGGCUACAAUGAGGAGACCCAGUUCGUUAAAUGACCUGGACCGCAGCCACUCCACCAGCUACCAUGUUUACGGCCAAGAUGAGAGAGAGAUGGAGUUCCUGCGGUUGCAAGUGGUUGAGCAGCAGCACAUUAUUGAUGACCUGUCCAAGGCUCUGGAAACGGCAGGUUAUGUGAAGAAUGUUAUUGAGCGAGACAUGUUACUGAGGUACAGACGUCACGAGGGCGUGAGGAGGAGGAGAACCUUCAGAGCGUGCAGGGUGAUAGAGACAUUUUAUGGUUAUGAUGAAGAGGCAUCGGUGGAUUCUGAUGGAUCAUCUUUGUCCUUCCACACUGACAGAACUCCAGAUACAGAACCAGAAGAGAUGUGUGUACGUGAGGAGGCGGAGUUUCGUUAUUGUCAGCUGACCCAGGAGUACCAGGCGUUACAGCGAGCGUACGCUCUGUUGGCGGAGACGUGUGGAGGAAACUAUGAUGCUGAAAAGGAGAUCAAGACACGAGAGCAGCUGCUGAGUGAAAUCAGUCAGUAUCAGAACAGGAUUGCAGAUCUGGAGACAUCGCUGAAACAACAAGGACAGGAUUUGAGGUGGGUGGAGGAGAAGCAGGCCCUGUACCAGAGGAACCAGGAACUGAUUCUGAAGGUGCGGCAGAUGGAAACUGAAGAGCUGCGGCUGAAAAAUGACAUUCAGGACAUCAAAGACCAGAACGAGCUGCUUGAGUUCAGGAUUUUAGAGCUAGAGGAGAGGGAGCGACGCUCACCUGCCAUCAACUUCCAACAACUUUACUUCCCAGAUGGUCUCAGUCCUCUGCAGAUCUACUGUGAAGCAGAGGGAGUCACUGACAUUGUGAUCAGUGAGCUGAUGAAGAAGUUGGACAUUCUGGGGGAUAACGCCAAUCUGUCCAAUGAGGAGCAGGUGGUGGUGAUCCACGCCAGGACGGUGCUGACUCUGACAGAAAAGUGGCUGGAGUCCAUCGAGGUGACAAAAUCAGCUUUGAAGCAAAAGAUGCUGGACAUUGAGAAUGAGAAGGAUCUCUUCAAAAAACAGAAAGGUUACCUGGACGAGGAGCUGGACUUCAGGAAGCAGUCCAUGGACCAGGCUCAUAAGAGGAUCCUAGAGCUGGAGGCCAUGCUUUUUGAGGCUCUGCAGCAGGAGGAGGAGUCCAGGAUUGUUGGAUUAAAGAGCGGGGAGGGUCGCCUGUCUGAGACUCUGACAGAAGAAGAAAAGGAGGCGUUGAGGAGAGCCACCGAUCAGUGGAAACGAACUCUGAUGUGUGAGCUGAGAGAGAGAGACGCUCAGAUCCUCCGAGAGAGGAUGGAACUGCUUCAACUCACGCAACAGAGAAACAAGGAGCUGGAGGAAUUCAUCGAAGCUCAGAAACGACAAAUCAAAGAGCUGGAAGAGAAGUUUCUCUUCCUGUUUCUGUUUUUCUCUUUGGCCUUCAUUCUCUGGUCCUGAACCAACAGCGAGUCCAGGCCUCCGGAGUCCAGAACGGGGGUCAGCCAAACCUGGACGAGACCAGAUGAAUGGAACCAGCAGGGCCACGCUGUCGGCUGGUCUGCCUCAUCCCGGUGCCACCUCAGGGAUGAUGGUUUCCAGGUUCCAGGUCAGGAAGUUCUGCUGGACCGACUUCCAGCUUACCCAGAACUGGUUCUGGACCCGCUAAACCUCCUGAGAUCAGCUGGUGGAUUUCAAACAACGUUUCUGGGGUUCCUUCAGAGUUCAGCAAAGACUGAACUAAAACCAAAGCAGAACCAGAACAGAACCUGAACAGAACCUGAGAGAACCGAUUCCUGAUGAGCCACUCUGUGCUGGGAUUGGCUGAAUUACACCUGAAGGGUGCACUCACCUGGUUU